AUGGAAAUAAUAAACAAGGAAUGGUCAACGGUAUCAACGGAAUUAAUACAAGAUCCAAAUAACUUAAAUCUUUGGCAACGAUUAGUUGAAACUGCUGAAUUCAAUGAGAAGAGAGGCAUCACCAAAGUGACUCCACCACCAGAAUUGGAAUUAUUACGAUCAUCUUAUAGACAAUUGCUCAAGAAAUUUCCUUUAUUGUUCAAUUAUUGGAUAAGAUAUGCUGAUUGGGAGUUUAAAUUGGGCAAUACUUCACGUGCUAAUGAAAUCUAUCUUGAAGGUUUACAACAUUUGAAUUAUUGUAUUGAAUUAUGGAUUUCUUAUUUACAAUUUAAAAUGAAUACUUUAACUAAUAAUUUAAAUGAAAUAUUAAACUUAUUUGAACAGGCUAGGAAGUUAAUUGGAUAUCAUUUCCAUUCUUAUGAAUUUUAUAAAUUAUAUUUGUCAUUUUUAGAAAAUUUCCAAACUGAUUCGAAUCAAUUCUUGAAGAAAUAUUAUGUGUUAUUGAGAAUUAUAAUUGAGAUUCCAAUCUAUCAUUAUGAAUACUUUUAUAAAAAAUUCUUUGAUGCUAUUGCUCAAAUUGGUCAAGAGGAAGAUAACAAGCUUAUCUCAUUAAUUGCCCCAGCGAAAUUUACGUAUAAGGAUAAUAAGUCAUUAUCAAUAGAAUUAAAGAAUUCAUUCAUGGGUGCAUAUAUAACUACUCAAUUCAAGGUGUAUGAAUUGUUUAAUUUCGAAAAGAAACUUUCAAGACAAUAUUUUGACGUGAAAAUUAUAUCUAAGCAACAAUUCGAUACUUGGUAUCAAUAUUUGGAAUUUUUAGAAUUAAAACAAUAUCCAUUUUCAUUCAUUGAAUUGACAUUACAUAGGUUCCUAUAUUCCACCGCACAAUAUCCUGAUUCUUGGAUUAAAUUAGCUGAUUUUUACAUAUUUCAUGGAAAAUAUAACCUGGCAAAACAAGCAUUAUCUCGAGGGUUGAUUUACAACGGGGAUUAUAGGCCCUUAAUCAAAUUGAUCGAUCUUGAAAUAUUUUUAAAACAGUAUUUACGAGCAAGAGAUUUACUUGUAAAUUAUAUUAAAUUCAACAUAUCAAUUCCAAUACCGAUAUAUGAAAAAUUACUUAGUAUUGAAAGUAUGUUGAAUAAAGAUGAUGAUGAGUACAUCAUAAAUUUAUUUAAACAAAUCAUUCAAGAAACUCAAAAUGAUUGGUUUUUUAAUGUCCUAUUAAAUUACCCAAUUGAUCAUGAAAAGAAAGUGUCCCUAUUUAAAGAAUUUGAACCCGAGUUUUUUAAAGGAAGAAAUGGAGGGCUUUAUCAAAAUGCAUAUAAUAAACUUACCAAAAAUCAAGAUACAAUUGCAAACAACAACAACAAUACUAAAAAUGAAACCGUAAAGUCUUUUGACGAGGAUUAUGAACUUAGCCUAAAUACAAAUUAA